AUGAUGACACUUAUACUUGAUGGGGUAGUACUUGAACAGACGCUGGCCCUAUUGAAAUUAGAAGAUGCUCGUGAUCUUCAUCAGGCAUUGAGGGCACUCGAUUUUCGAGAGAAUUGUGUUAUCGAUAUUAGCAAAAAUGGUUUACGGAUUGUUGUGGAUGAUCAGAACUGUGUUCAAGGAAUCGCUUACUUUAAAAGCGAUUUGUUUACUGAGUUUAUUCUAAAUGAAGAUGUUGUGACGUUUCGUAUAUCUCUCCCUGUCUUUACGGAAUGCUUGAGUGCCUUUGGUGCUGGAGUCAGUACAGUUCUGAAAAUGACUUACGAUGGUUUUGGCGAACCUCUCAAGGUCAUGAUCGAAAAGGAUGGAAUUGUUGCAAGGUGCUUAAUUAAGACCCAAAAUCCAGACAUAGUGCUUGAUUUUGAUUUCAAUCCUGGCACUGUUGCUGCAAAGGUUAUAAUGAAACCAUGGAUGCUGAAAGAAACAUUUCAUGAACUUGACCAGAGCAGCCCAUCCGUUGGUUUCAAAGUUGACCGAUUUUCACUUAGCGUAAUUACGGAAGGAGAUCUGGGUAAAAUCAAGACGAAGUUUCCACAUUAUUCUGAACAAAUUGAACGAUUAGAAUGUAAGCAGGAUGUCGAGUUUACCUAUAGGCUCAGUCUGGUAAAGCGAAUGACUCCUUCGUUGGAUAUCUGCAGUAAGUUAUCUCUCCGUAUUGAUCACCGAGGCAUAUUGGCUGUACAAUUCAUGGUGGAGCAUAAUGAAAACAACCAUAUUUUUCUUGAAUUCUUUUGUAUACCUGAUAUCCCUACAUCGGAAGAAGAAAAUAUCUCCAUGGAUUAA